AUGGCAACAGUGCAUGCGACUGGCAUCCCUAGUCGGGCUGCUGGGAUGAAACCUGCGAGCAAGUACUCGUGGCGUUUGCUUCUGCACAACCUGGAGCAGAUGACACGCGAUCAACUGGAACCCACUUGUGGCGGGCUGACCACCACCAUCAGCGCUUGUGGUAAGGGCCAGCAGUGGCAGCAGGCGCUGAGCCUGCUGGCACAGAUGCCCUUGUUGCGCCUUCAGCCGAAUGUAUACAGCUUCUCGGCGGCCAUCUCCAGCUGUGAGAAGGGCGGUCAGUGGCAAAGGGCUGUGGCGCUCCUUGCCGAGAUGCCUUCGAGAAGCGUCGAGGCAAACGUCUACAGCUUCAGCUCUGCACUGACCGCCCUGGCCCAGUCCACGGAGCGGCAGAGGGCCAUGGCUCUGCUGGCCGAGAUGCCGAAGCGAGGCAUCGAGCCUGUGAUCAUCUGUGUGAACGCGGCGCUGGAUGCAUGCGGAAAGGAUGGCUGCUGGGAAGAAGCCCUGUCCUUGCUGUGGGGUGCCCAGCAGACUGGGCUCCAGCCUGCUGUGGUGAGUUACAGUGCAGCAAUCAGUGCUUGUGGGAAAGGCUCCCAGUGGUCCAUGGCGUUGUGUGUAUUUUCUGAGAUGCAGAAGCAGAUUGUCACUCCCAACACCAUCAGCUACAGCGCCGCCAUCAGCGCUUGCGAGAAGGAGUGGCAGAUGGCCUUGACCCUCUGGGAAUGCCUCCAGGCCUUACAAGCCCAGGUCGAUGUGGUAUCCUACACUGCCGUGAUUUCGGCGUGCGCGAAGGGCUCGGAAUGGCAACGGGCACUUCAGUUACUUCAUGAGAUGCAAUCAGAGCAUCUCCAGCCGAAUGUAAUAUGUUACAAUGCUGCUGCUAGCGCCUGUGGCAACGUACAAAUGUGGGCCCAGGCGUUGCGUACAUUUGCCUCCAUGAUGUGCGCGCACGUGCUGCCCAGUGUUCGGAGCUAUAACACUGUCAUCGGCGCCUGCGACGGCGAGCGGUGGGAGCUGGCGAUAGAUCUUUUUGCCCAAAUGCAAGACAAGACCCUGCAGCCGGAUGUGGUCACCUACAACAGCAUCAUUGGUGCCCUGGAGAGGGCAGAUCAGGCAGAUCAUCAAUGGACACACGCCGUGGCAUUGCUGGAGGAAAUGGCGGCCAGAGAUGUGGAGCCGGACAUGACAACGUUCAACACGGCCAUCAGUGCCCAGUUCAAGGAUGGGAAGAAUGUAGACAAGGUCUUGUCGUUGCUCCAAUCGAUGCGAGUACGAAAGCUACGUCCAGACGUGUUCAGCUUCAACACAGCCAUCACGGUGUGUGAGGCUGGCGCCCGCUGGCAGCAAGCGUUUCAGCUCUUGGAAGACAUGAGGGACGAAGACCUCGAGCCUGACCUCGUGAGUUACAACUGCCUGUUCAAUGUCUGCUAUGCCGGCGGACAGUGGGCACGGGUCCUGGAUGUGGUCCAGGACAUGGUUACGCACGGAAUUGACGGCUUCACCACCUGCCGCUACGACCACCUGACACAAGCUGGUAGCUCUUUGGACUGUUUCAAACACGCGGUCUUGAUCUCCCUAUUGGCGGCCUUCACGCAGGAGCCUGGACGUUUCACCUACAUCGACACUCAUGCAGGUCGCGGAGUUUACGACCUGACGAUGGAUGGUGCACUGCAGGACAGCACCUUUGAGCAUGGAAUCAAGCUCCUUGACCAGGCACAGAACAUGUCCUUCAUUCUGACUGAGUAUAUGACACAGCUCCGCCGCUACAACGAGGCAGAAGGAGGAGGGCCAUUACGCCACUACUUGGGCUCUCCAGCCCUGGCCAGUCGCUGGCUGAGGCCUGGGGAUGAGGCAGUGUGCUUCGAGCUUUCCAGCACCAUGUACAAGGACCUGGCGGCCCUCUUCGAGAGAGACGCUGGCACGGCUGGCUCCAAGGUAAGACUGAUUCCUGAAAACUCAUACUGGUGGCUUCUUCAUCACGUGCACGAGACGUUGGGCACCGGAUUGAUCCUCAUGGAUCCACCCUACGAGCCGUACAACGAGUACACGGCUUGGAAUCUCUUUCUUUUGAGGCAUUUGCAUCGAUCCUCGCGCUAUUGUGUUGCUGUCUGGUUUCCAUGUUUCAAUGCCGAUCAGAUGGCCAGUCUCUACACGCAGCUGCAGACUCUGGAUGUUGGAGACCUACUGGUGGCUGAGUUCCAAAUUUCAAGCCCUGCUGCAGGGGCAUCUUUGACGCAGUCGGUUGUGGUGGUCCUCCGGCCGCCGGCCGACAUGGACCAGACUCUGAAACCCUUGUUGGGGGAACUUGGGCGCUUUUUGGAAGGACCCGGCACAAGAGCAAGCAGUUCAGUCUUUUGGCUCUCUAAGUGGCGUGAGAGAGCCAAGUGGCUGGGAGGCCUUUGA